AACUUCUAGGCGCUUGUCCCAUCCCUCAGCCGCCGAUAGCCCACUGUCUCCUCCUCGUGUUCCCCGCCAAGCCAAUCACCUUUGUUCCUUGUUCAGAUCCACUCCACCAACCAACGAAGCCACCUCCCACUCGUUUUGGACCGCUAGAUCGCGGAUCCGAUGGCCCAGGAGGCUCCCCAGCGUCCCAGCGUUCGUCCCUGCCUCCCGGCCGCAGAUCCCUCGCCCCCGCUCGAUCUGGCCGCGGAGAUUCCGAGCGCCUCGACCCCAAGCUCCAUCACCCGCUGAUGGCCUCGAUGGAGACCUCCAUGGCCGCUCCAGCUAGCUCCGUUGCUGUCGUUUCGUGCCGGGAAUGGGUGGAUCCAGGCUCCCCGCACCCAGAUCGGACAUUGCCGCGUCAUUCCGGCGCGUCGCCGCAUCUUCACCCUCCGGGACGGCAUCGAACAGCAAGCAGCCGCCGUCCCAUGCCGUUGACCGCGUCCUGCGGCGUGGACCGCCCCCCGACCCUCGGACUGCACGGAUCCGCCGCAUCCACAGCCGGCCUCCUCUCCAGCUUCGCGCCAAGUCCCACGUCGCCGGAGACGUUCCCGCCGCCUGUGCCUGAACUUGUUGCUGUCGUUGCUCUGCCUGCAGUAACGAGCAGGAGCUCGUUCGCCUGCCUCGCCUCGCUUUGACCAUGCCUGGCCCAGCGCGCCUCUAGUUCAGGCCAAGGCCCAGCACCUCUUCGCCCCAACCAUAAACAGGCCUCAAGGCCCAAUGUGAGCAGCACCUUGGCCUUCCCCCUGUUGGGCUGCCCAGAUUGGGCCUGUUUCUUUUUUUCCCUGCUGACGAAUUUCCUAAUUUCCAAUGCAUGCAUAAUUACAGGAGGAUGCCAUUAUUUUAAUUUGCCCACAAGUAAAUAAUCGUGCAUCAUAUGUAAAAACUUCAUAUAUGUAAAGUGCUCAGAAAUUUGUGUAGUUUAAUUAUACCCAACUUUCAUCUAUGUUUAAAAUGUUUAAAAUGAUGUUUGAUUAAAUUUGCUCCUAUGCCAUGCUAAAAUGACUUAAUUCAUAACUAUAUAACCGUAACUCCAAAUUUGAUA